UGCAACAGCUGUACAGUGUACGAUUGCAUGCCGCCGGCGCCGGCAAGUGUGAACUUGGAGUAGACGUUCGUUCUUUAUGUGCGCUUUUUAUCUUCUGUUCACGAGCGAAGAGGCUAAGAAAGGCUCGUUUACGAGGUUAUUCGUGCCUAGCUGUUCGGCGUCUUGGUUCAAAGGUCCCAAUUUACGUCCACAUUCAUUCCAAAGCAGUGGGGAUUUCGGUUUCAGACGGCAUCAACAUGCCUCCGCUCGCCAGAACAGACGUGAUCUCUUUGGAGGGGAUCACUUGUCCCGUCUGCGUGGGUAUAAUACACAGCAAGUUGACAAGCCUCGACGGCGUCUCGAGUGUACACGUGGACACCGAAGAAUGUGAAGCAACCGUCAGGUACAACCCCAGCGAAGUCACCCUUCGGGAAGUGAUCCGGGCAGUCGUCGACUGCGGCUUCAAUGCCCGCCCUAAGAACGCCUUCCCAAGUCUCGAAGACAUCACACUGCUCGUAGGUGGCAUGAUGUGCAACGACUGCGUCUCUAAGGUGAAGACCAAUGUCGCCAAGAUCAAUGGCGUCCGGCGCGUCGAAGUCUCCCUGGACGACGGCCGUGCCAACGUAACCUAUGAGACGACGCAGACAGAUCCCCAUGCCAUCCAGACGACGGUCAAUGAGCUCGGCUUCGUCGUCACGCUCCCGGAAAAGAUCCAGCCUUCGUCUGCUACCCUAUCUGUCGAGGGACUCAACUGCGACCUCUGUGCCCUGUCAGUGCAGCGGGUGCUGACCUCGAAGGCGGGCGUCAUCUCUGUAACCAUCUCCGUGGAGGAGCGCAAGGUUCUUGUAGACUUCUACGGCUAUGAAGUGAAGGCGUCCGAUCUCUGUCGGUUCGUCUACAAUGCGGGCUAUCCGGCAGUGGUUGUCAGCGAACAGGGUCCUCCAGACUUGGAGUCGGCGCUGUUCAGCGUUGCCGGCAUGACUUGCAUGUCCUGCGUUAAUAGUCUAGAAGGUCUGCUCUCAUGUACCGAGGGAGUUGAGGGAGUCAGAGUGUCACUGCAGGAUGGGACGGCGGCCGUCGUGUUCGUCCCUUCUAUGGUGACGACGUCUCAGAUCGUCGAGGUCAUCAACAAUGCGGGUUUCGAGUGUCACGUCAAACACCGGGUUCCAGGGGAUUCCAGCGAUUCCGAAGCGACACCGCUCCUCAAGACAGCUUCGGUCAAGACGGCGUCGUCUUCCAGCCUCAAAGUACCUGAAAUUAGUUCCAGGGUGUCACCCACGAAAGAUGACUCUACAUACCAAAGUCCACCCAGAGUGUUUCUCCUCGCGGCAGACGGAAGAAAUGAACCCCUGGAAAAAUGCCAUCUCCAUGUCAGGGGCAUGACUUGUGCGUCUUGCGUCUCUGCCGUGGAAAAGAACCUGCUCAAGUUAGAAGGAGUCGCUCAGGCUCUGGUCAGCCUCCUGGCCGAGAGGGCAGAAGUAAAAUAUGAUCCCAGAAAAGUGUCGCCCCUGCAACUGGUGGAGGUGACCUGCGAUCUCGGCUACCAGGCCUCGCUUAUCGAAGACCUCGAGUACCAAUAUGGGGAAAUUGAGCUCAGCAUCAAAGGCAUGACAUGCGCCUCGUGCGUCAGUUCUAUCGAGACGGCUGUCCUCAAGCAACCUGGCGUCACCAAGGCCUCUGCCAGCCUGUCCACUCAGAGGGGACACUUUGUCUUUGAUCCUGAGGUCACAGGGCCCCGUCACAUUGUCCAAACCAUUGAGGAGAUGGGGUUUGAGGCUGCUCCUGCAGGUGUGAACCAGACCGACGUUGAUCAUCUUACGCACGCAGCUGAGAUUAGAAAGUGGCGCCGAGCGUUCCUCAUCUCACUGCUGUGCGGGGUUCCCACCAUGGCGGUGAUGGUGUACUUCAUGAUGUUCGCCGACACGGACAGCCACUGCUGCCUCCUGCCAGGCCUGUCUCUCGAAAACCUACUCCUGUUCUUGUUUGCAACACCUGUGCAGUUUGUGGGCGGCCGCCACUUCUACUUGCCGGCCUUCAGGGCGUUACGCCACGGCAUGGCCAACAUGGACGUGCUGGUGAUGCUGGCCACCAACAUCUCAUACUUCUACAGCGUGGCAGUGCUCGCCUACUUCAUGGCAGCCCAGGCCGACCACAGCCCCAUGACCUUCUUCGACACGGUACCCAUGCUCAUCGUCUUCCUCUGCCUGGGACGCUGGAUGGAGCACCUCGCAAAGAGGCACACUUCCGACGCCUUGACAAAGCUGAUAUCACUUCAAGCCACAGAAGCCAUGCUGGUAACGCUGGACAACCAAGGGGAGGUUGUAACUGAGAAGCGAAUUGACGUGAAUCUGAUACAGCGGAACGACCUCAUCAAGGUGAUUCCCGGGGAGAAGAUUCCGGUGGACGGAAAAGUGGCCCGAGGCGCGUCCAACGUGAGCGAGGCCCACAUCACGGGCGAGCCCGUGCCCGUGGCCAAGGAGGUCGGCUCGGCCGUCAUGGCAGGCUCCAUCAACGAGAACGGAGUGCUCCUCGUCAACGCGACCCACGUGGGCAAGGACACCACCCUCGCCCAGAUCGUGAAGCUCGUGGAGGAAGCCCAGUCGUCCAAGGCUCCGAUUCAGCAGUUGGCUGACAGAAUCGCAGGCUACUUCGUGCCUACAGUGGUGUUGCUCUCCAUUCUUACACUGAUCGUUUGGAUUGUGGUCGGCUUCUCUAGGAUUGAAAUCAUCCACAAGUACUAUGGUUUGGUCAAGGGCAUGUCGGACAGCGAAGUGGUGAUGCAGUUUGCAUUCCAGUGUGCCCUGACGGUGCUGUCCAUUGCGUGCCCCUGUGCUCUGGGGCUUGCCACCCCGACAGCAGUCAUGGUUGGCACUGGCGUGGGAGCGACCAACGGCAUCCUCAUCAAAGGGGCAGAACCCCUCGAGACAAUGUGCAAGGUCAAGUGCUUUGCUUUUGACAAGACAGGGACCAUCACGCGUGGUACUCCCGUCCUUGUGUAUGUGGGCCUUCUGAGCCAGGCCAAGGCUUCCUCCUCGAGGGCAUUUCUGGCGUUGAUCGGCACCGCCGAAUCAGGCAGUGAGCAUCCCAUUGCAAAGGCCAUCUCGAGCUAUGCUAAGCAGUUGCUCAUGACGGACAUUCUCGGCAGCUGCGAAAAUUUUGAGGCUGUUUCGGGGCUGGGUCUUUCCUGUCGGGUCGGCAACCUGUCCGUCAUCCUGAACGUGGCCUCCGACAAGAGCACAGAGUAUGAUCGCCCUGACUUGCCUCUGGUGGAGGUCCAGCACAUUGGAAAAGAGACUUUGCAGGAUGCAUCGCUCGAAGGGGCUUGGGACGGAACUCACGACGUCCUGGUUGGCAACCGUGAAUGGAUGAAGCAGAACUCAGUCGUGGUUCCUGCGUUCGUUGACUCCCUGAUGUGCAGAAAGGAGAUGCUUGGGCAGACGGUGAUUCUUUGCUCUGUCGACGGGGAACUCGCCGGAGUGCUGGCGGUGUCGGACACCCCGAAGCCCGAGGCCCGUGCCACCGUGAGGGCCCUAAAGGAGAUGGGUUUCAAGGUGGUUCUCCUCACUGGGGACAACCGGCAGACGGCCUCGGCCAUCGCCCAGGAGGUCGGCAUUGACGAGGUGUUUGCGCAAGUGCUGCCCUCUCACAAGGCAGAGAAAGUGCAGCAGCUGCAGACCCGUGGCCUGAAGGUGGCCAUGGUGGGAGACGGGAUCAAUGAUUCGCCUGCCUUGGUUCAUGCGGACGUCGGGAUUGCGCUCUCCAAUGGCACGGACGUGGCCAUAGAGGCUGCAGACCUCGUUUUAAUACGGAACAACCUUUACGACGUGAUUGCAGCAGUGGACUUGUCUAGGAAGACGGUCAGGCGAAUCAGGAUCAACUUCUUUCUUGCCAGCAUCUACAACCUCGUCGGCAUCCCUUUGGCUGCAGGCGUAUUUAUGCCAUUUGGAGUGGCACUCCUCCCCUGGAUGGGUGCUGCCGCCAUGGCCUUGUCGUCUGUUUCGGUGGUCACAUCGUCGCUGCUUCUCUACUUGUACAAGAAGCCAGUUUUGGACACGGGCCCAGGGCCUGCCAAGACGGCGAUUGGGGCCAACAUGAGGUUGGCCGACAACUUGAACUGCAGUGACAGCUGCGAGCCGACCUCGGCCAGGAGGCUGGAUGACAAGGGUUACCCCCUGCGGGACUCUCUCUUGCCUGAGAUCUGCAUCCAACGGCAACUUGAAGGGCUUCCAGUAGAUGAUCUAUCCCAUUCCCUUUGAUGCCUCGCGCCUUAGCGAGGUGUCACGUUCGGAAGCAUGCGGGACUUUAGUGAGUCGUGGAGGGUCGCUCGCAGUUGUAGCUUCGUGUCGGUUAGCAAGAAACAAGGUUGGUGAGAUUAGGGUUGUCAUCGGUCUUGAUGGUGGAACACAGUCGUGGACGGCUCAUACCGCUAGACGAAAACAUGCACCAUAAUUUCCAUGUCCGACGGUGCUGUUAUAACUAGUGCCUCAAAUGAAAAGUUUGGUCGUUAUGUUUUUCUGUACACGAGCAACUUCCGCAGCUCGUCGCAGCCUCUUUGUCAUGUGACACUUGGUUCAGCUGAUCACAUGAGCAAAACUGUACUCAAACUACCGUAAAAUACCGAGGGUGGAGCGUUCACUCCACUUUCACUGAAAACUGGGUUAAUCUAGACAUGGGCACUUAUCCAGCCGAAUCGGGUGCUUAACGUAUGAUUUUCGGAAUCCUCAGAUUUGGAAAAUGUUAAUAGUGGCUGGGCGCUUGAACAAAGUGGGCACUUCUGCGGUAUUUUACGGUAAAAUGUGUACAGUGGGAUGCCAUGUUUUUUUUUCCUCCAAAAGCAUUUACCCAGUUUGAAUCUCUCGUCCAGUAUUGUAUUUACGGCGCAGUUAUUUUUAUGCUAUUGCUGUCACUCUUGCCUACUAGUCCUGACAUUUAUUGUUGUAUACAAACUAUUUUGGCAUUUGUACCUGUUUUGUUGUGUCUAAUGAGAAUAAGAGGAAGUCUUCGUCCCUCAAGGAAAGCUCCAAAAAUAUUGAUGGUUGUCGAUUUUUAUAAACUUUUCAUUGUGCACUAAAUAUCCACCCCCAAGUAUAUGUUUACACAAUAUCUAAUCGAAAUAUACUUUCUUUUUAGGGAACACAGUUUUUUAAGUUUAUGUGUACACCUCCGAAUCGUCGGCUGUUGCUCUACUGGCAACAACGAGCAGGGGCAUUCGUGACGUCAAAUGUUGUAUCCGAAAACAGACGACACCCCUUCCUCCACAGCGUUGUGCAUUGUAGCGAUAGUGAGCAUCCAUAGUUUUGCAGAUUGUGCCUUGUUUAGGCUAUUUGCGGCAUGCAGUGGCUGGAUUGCUGGUGUGCUGUGGUGUGCACUAACACCGCGAAGAAAUGCAGCAAAGUGAUGUCUCAUUGGUUGCCGACUGAGAAGUUGGGUCCGAGCAGAACAAUGCAAACACUGACUCCUAGCGUUCGGGUCGUGCUAGAGAACAGUUUGCACCAUGCUAGCAAACAGGACUUUCCAUGCCAUUCUGCUUUUGAGGCAGUAUCUGGCUCCACAUGUAGGUGGAUCACGAAUGCAGCCACCAUGUCUCCCCGAAGGCGAUGUUGGCGGAUCAAGUAUGAAUGGUGAAUUGUCUGAAAUUUCAUGCUGAAAAUCUUGUGAUAUUUGCUAAUCAUUGCUUGACUCGGACAAGCUUGAAGAAUCGUCAGCCGUUCUUUCCCAUGGACAAUCGUGGCAGCCUUUUGACUGCUUCCGACGCUGGGCAAAACAAGCUCCAGCUGCCCAUGUGCUGAUGUUUAUACAUUCGACACCAGAGCAAAACGGUGGACCAAAAAAGAUGCAGGUUAGUUUUGGUUUCGGUUUUAUCGUACUGUGGCUCUAGGCUGUUUCUUAAGCUCUUUCAGAAGAUAUGUUUAGAUCGGUACUAUGUACAGUUCCUAUCUUCCUGUCGAAAUAAUCUGCAGUCUGAAAACUGAGAAUUUUUGGUGAAACUCAAAUAGGCGAGUUCUACCAAAAGCCUUUUUUUUCCCCUAACAAUUGUUCAGGCUUAAUGUAUGAUCCCAUCUGGGUUUGUGAAACCCCAUUACCAGCCUUGACCAUAGGUUGUCACGGUGUACAUCAGUAUCACCAAAGGUUCUACGAUGGUACAUUGAGCUACCGCUAGUCAAAAAUGUCUUGCCAAAAUUUUUUUAUUAAUUUAUUAUUUAUGAACGCUGUUCACCCAAAGUAUGGGACUUUAACAGGUGUGGGGUAUCAGAGAACACUCAAACAUACAACAUCAGGACUACAAUACAGUAGGCAUUCAACGACAUCUACUUAUAAUAAAGCGGCUGAAAUAGCACAAACAUUCAAUAUAUCAUCUAGCAUUCAACAAAACAAUUUUCGGCACUCAACAACCCUUACUUAGCAAAAAAAUUUGAACUACUAUUUGUCAGUCUAUCUUGCAUACAUUCAGAAAGGCACUCUCAAAUUCAUCUAAACAGUCCAAUGACAAAUAUUGUGCAGGAGAUUAUUCAAAUCUUUUACAGUUCUAGGGGAAAGGAAACUUAAUAAGUGUCGAUUUGGACUCUUCAAACUGAUGAGUGCUAAUGUAUCUCGAUUCUCUCAAUACGCGAGGUGUUAAUCUAGAAUCCGGAAGAUGUGAGAGAGUGGACCCGUGAAUCUGUUCCGGUGCGUGUUCCUGGGGCCAAAUCGUGCUGCUUAAAGGGCUACUGUCACUGCAUGGCCGGAUGUGUGCCAUGCCUUCAACCAUCAAGUGCCAAUUCAGGGAUAUUCAAAUCCUCAAGACCACCUACCAUCCUUUUUAUAUAGACCCACAAUGCCUGAUCAAAGUAAUAUUUUUGCAAAUGUGGGAUGAUUACCUGUUGAAAACUAGUAAGAGUUGUAAGUAAAUUAUUGUGUGUUUUCUUCUGAAGGUCAAUAAAAAUAGAAAGUUCA